AUGCCCUGUGACGUAUCACGGAGCGACCCCUGUUGGAAAUGUUGGUCCAGCUCCCCGUCGCCAGGCAAGAAAUACAUCUGCAGCUGCAGCCAGUCAAAGUCUUGCGACAUCAACAGUGGCGGUCAAUCAGUCAACACGUGUAAUUCAUCGCCAGCAUCCUCAACGUGUUCCAGACCUACCUUGCUCUUUUCCACCCUCCUCAACCCCCCUACUUCUUGUCAUUUGUGCCCACCCCGCCCUCCCAUCUCCGAGUCACGCUGCCAAACUACCGUGCAGCUUGUCACCAUCGACAACCUAGUACCUACUAGUCGAAGCCUGCGCUACCUUAUCCCGUGCCCUUGCUGCUUUCGACACCUUUCUUCUACAAGACAUCUUCCGUCAGCACCAAACUCGUUCCUGCAUUUGCCUCAUCCAAGCUGUGUCUAUCAGGCGCAUUGUCGAAACACCUACUCCCAGCCUCGGGGAUCUUGA